AUGGGGUCACAAAAACGGGCUCUGCGGGCCUCUCCCCCGGGACGAUCGGGUCGAGCCCCCGCAGCCGCAGCGAGCAGGGAGUCGGGGGACGUGCUGCACGCAUCCUCACCCCUCCAGAAAGCAACCCUUCACGAGCCCCAGCGAAAACAACGCGCCCACCACGAGGGCUCCGACAAUGACAACGAUCGGAAUUCCCAGGAUCCGUCGUCAGCGGUGGACUUUUCUAACGACUCCAUGCUGAUCAUCGAUGAAGAAGCUGGCCAGAUGGAGCCCAUUGAUGCGAUGCUAUCGGGCUGGUUUUCCAUGCCAGGAGCCGCCAUCAGUCCCCUGUACAGUGGGGAUCAGACCACUGAACCGCCCGAAUUCGCA